AUGUGCACCAAGAGGAUACAGGAGCGAACACAUCUCCUCGACAAACAGGCGACGAGACAGACCCUGAGACAGCUCUUGCAGGAAGCUAUGCUAGCGCUUCCGUCCCGCGCUCCAUUCUUGGAUAGGUCAAGAAAGGUACUGGGCAAGAUUGAUCGAUGGCUUCACUAUCAGGCCCCGUCGCGUUUGCAAGACAUGGUGGAGAGCAUCCAACACUUGGCGCGGCUGGACGGCCUACCCGGCAUGCUGGACUCAAUUCCGAACCGACAAAUGGACCCCGGCUCACGAAGUAGCCUGCUGAACAUGAUAAGGAAGCUUGCGCGGUACCGCGAUGCGGCUAGAUAUCUGUGUCGCACGGCCAAGAAGUUUGCCAUCGUGAGACGGAUGGAGAUGAAGAUUGCUGCCCUUCCUCGCCAGGCUUUCGGGACGACGCCCUCGCUGUCCAAAACCGAGGAGCCGCCGAGCACAUUCGCAGGGAUGCAAGUGUCCAAGAAGCAAAAAAAGCAGCUCGGCCAAUGCUUAGGCCUUCUUGGGCGUUCCGAAAAGGAUGCUGUCAAGAAGAUUAUGGAGCGAAAGCGCAGCGUCCUAUCCGAAGCAAAGGUCCAUGCCGAGAUACAGCUCAUCCACUAUUUCGAAACACCGCGCUCCCAACCAUACCCGCGGGUCAUUUGUUCCAGCAAAGAUGCUUGCUUUCUUUGCAACGCCUUCAUCACCAUGCACAAAAAGUUUUACACGCCGCGAUGCCACGGCAAGCUAUAUCCGGGAUGGCGUCUGCCGCUCUUCACGCCGGGGGGCGACCUCGAACGGCGCUUCGUCAACACGUUGAGCAACAUCGUACAGCAAAGCCUGACCUUGACCUUGCAGAGACGAAAGAAGAUCAUGAACCCGUAUCCGCUUGAGAGUACAGUGCCCACCAUUGUACUUUCGGACUCGACAAUCGUCAGUUCGGAACAUGUUGCCGUCGAUGACGCGGAAGGCGGCGCGUUGCAAAUAAGGGCGGAGUCGUCUCUCUCGCCCGGCAGGGCCCCUCCCAAAGAGCAGGCGGCUGCCCAUUACUCUGACGAGGGGCCGUGCCAAUCUACUGAUGCACACCGGCGUGACGAGGCCGUCCCGGUGCACAUCGAACCUGCCAUUCGGUCAACAAAGCCAGCUGUGCUACCGCUUGGCAAACAACUCGCUGUAACCGUGCCGGCUAAUAAUGCCUCGCCGGCGCUGUACGAAGCUUGGCCACUAGAGCUGCAAAUCGAGUACUCGGCUCCAGCGCCCGACCGUGGGAAAACCCUGCUUUGCCACCUCGAGCGGCUUAAAGAUGACGAUGCAGAGGCGGUGAGGAACACUCGGAAUGCUACGAUACUGGAUGGGACCUUGUUGUGGGAGAGCGUCACCCUACGCCCAGAGGAUUUCCACGACUUUUAUAUCAGCGCUGGAGGCACUUUGCUCCGUGUUAGUCUGGCGUAG